AACUUGUCUAGCAUGAUUACCAUUGCAUAUAAUGCAUAAGUAAUGUUUGUGGGUGCACCUUCUGUAAUAUUUUGUUCAUGAAGAAUUUAUUUUGAUUGCAGAGCUGGAAAUAAUGCUCUGUUGCAUAGCAGUGUGAUCCAAUCCAGGUUUUAUUAGGAGUUUAAUGAGACACCUUAGCCAAACUAAGGGAGAGGAUUGUCAGAAAAUGAAGCUGAAGAGCCAUUGCACGUUUUUUCAUGCCCUGUCUAGUAUUGCAUGGAAAAGAAAAACUGGACCACAGUGCAGACUUUGGAGUAGUGACCGACCCACCGCACCCCUUGGUGCAAGGAUAUUAACUGAUCCCAAGAAGGUGUUUGAACAUAAUAUGUGGGAUCAUGUCCAGUGGUCACAUCAAGAAAAAGAAGAUGCAAGGAAGAAGGCCAUUGAAAAUUCCUGUGUGCAGAUUCCUCUCGAGGAACGAGAUACAUAUGAUAAAGAAGCUGUUAAAUAUUGGGAUGAGUUUUAUAGGACACAUCAAAACAAGUUUUUCAAAGACCGCAACUGGCUGUUCUUCGAGUUUCCAGAGCUUCUGUCUCACAGACGAGAGGGGCUGGGUGUGGAGGAAGGGCAGUGUAAUGUAGCCGUUCCUGCCAGUAGGUCUAAUCUCUGCAACAGCAAGGACCCACGGCCUGAGCAAUCAGAGGGGUUUUCUGCACACAGCAGUCCUCACACUGAGCACAGAGGAGGAGUGAUUUAUGGAGGUGUUAGUUCCUGUGGAGGCUCUGGAAGAAACAGUGAGACGUGGAAAUAUGUGGAUACCUUCCCAGGUAGUGAAGCAGCAUUCAGGAUCUUCGAGGUUGGGUGCGGUGCUGGAAACAGUGUGUUUCCUAUUGUGAAUGCCUUGAAAGAGAAAGGUGUAUUUCUUUACUGUUGUGACUUCUCACCUCAGGCAGUGGAGCUGGUAAAGACCCACCAGAAUUACAGUCCAGUUCGGUGUCAUGCCUUUGUUCAUGAUGUGUGCGAAGAAGCAUCCACCUUCCCCUUUCCAGAUGAGAGCCUGGAUAUCGUUCUCCUUGUCUUUGUACUCUCCGCCAUUCACCCUGAGAGGAUGCAGGGAGUUGUAAACAGAUUGGCCCAAUUGCUAAAACCUGGGGGAACCUUGUUGUUCAGAGAUUAUGGCAGAUAUGAUCUGUCACAACUUCGGUUUAAAAGAGGCCGCUGCCUGUCUGAAAAUUUCUACGUCCGUGGAGAUGGCACCUGCGUCUACUUUUUUACAAAAGUUGAAGUUCACAAUUUGUUUUCGAAUGCUGGUUUGAAUGAAAUCCAAAACUUGGAGGACCGACGGCUUCAGGUGAAUCGGGGGAAAGGGGUGGUCAUGCGCCGAGUGUGGAUGCAAAGCAAGUACCAGAAACCACUGGCCCGCUCUGACCCCUAGAAAAGUGACUGACCAGGCCUGAUCACAGCCCUGCAGAAAACAAUUCAGUUCAGGGGUCUUCAGGAUUGUGAGAAAGACUGCCUUCAAGAGGGUCAGAAGUAGCAGAUUACGUUGACAGACGCAACACAUGCAAGUGGGGCUGUCAGAAUAGCGACGACUGAAAUAAAUAGUGCCCCUGUGAGAGACCAUUGUCUUGUGUGAUGAGCAGCAUACAGACAGCAUGGUACUAGCAGGAAAGAGACUCGUACACAAGGAAGCUGCAUUAAGCGUGUAUCCUUAAAAUCAAACAAAGAACAAGGGGACAAAGAAACUGGGCACGAGGACCAAAAUAAAAGGUUUAAACAAAAUACACAAACACCGGCUGGGCAUCACAGUUGCAUAAACAAGGCAAGCAGAGUCAGGGCAAAGGGAUUUUUCCAAAUAAUGUGGCCAUCCACACACACACACAAAAAAAAUCUGAAAUGCAAUCUUGCUCACAAAUUUCAUUCUGUGUUAUUGUAUUAGUGGGUUAUUGUGCAGUACAUAUUGACAGAUGGCUUUCAGGUGUUGCUUAUUUUUACUGUAUCGUUGGUUCGAACAAACAAGCAAGCCACUGUAGUCAUGUCCAGGGUCAUAAGUGUACAGCAAAAAAAAAAAAAAAAAAAUCUAUGUAUAACAUUUUCAUACUUUAAACAUUGCCCAUAAAAAUGUGCAAUUAUGUGGGUUUGCGCAAUAGGCUGUAGAUUAUUGGGAAUACCUCAUGUAUGUUCCAUAGAAUAUGUUGUGCCUGUGAAAAGGUAAUGAAAUUGUGAAAAAAAAAAAUCAAAUACCAACCGCCCAGAUACACCAGCAAAUUUAGCUGCAGAUUUGUACAUUUCCAAUACCUACACUGUUUCCUCUGCAACAGGAAUGAUCUGUUUCCGAUAUUGCUUACUAAUGCCUUUAAAAGUGCUGUAUUAUAUACGCUAACAUUAAUCUGUUCUUGUGGAAGAUGGAGGAUGCAUUUUUUUUUACACUGUAAAAAUGUGUUGGAGGUUAAGCAGUUAAAAACGUAAAAAGAAAACAAAAAAAAAAAAACACAUUAGAUGUCAACGACUCGCUGAUUGGUAAAAACAAAACAGUCUGCAACCCUUGGUAACCAGUCUGAAACCUCAUUACCAAAGCUGGAAAUAAUAUCCCUACACUCCACAUGAAGAACAAAGGGAAAACAUAACUGCUUUUCCACAGAGUAAAAAAAUUAAUAAAACUAAAAUGCAUCCAGAAAAUUAAAUACAGCACAAUCGUGACAUAUAAUUCCAAUAAUAAUUAUUACAGGAAAUUAUCACAACAUUUAUUGUAAUAUAUAUGGUGGUUCCUUGUCUGGCCUUUUUAUUAUUAAUUAUUAUACAGCUGUUAAAUAAAACAUAAUAAAAAAAAAAGUAAUACAUAAAAACAGGAAUAAUAUUAUACUGAACAUAAAAGAUGAAGGUAUGUUUAACGAGCACUGGGGUAAUUAAGACUAGUGUGAUAACUAGUUAGUUCAAAAUACAGGUGUAUGUACAAUAAAAUACUUGUCUUUGUGGUUUAACAAAUCAGCAUAGCCGUUUAUAUUCAUUAAUAUAAUGUUUUAGCCCACAGUUGGGUGGGAUUUUAAAGAGUAUAAUGUUAUGGACCACAGACUAACAGAGGUGCCAAUAAUAAAUAGGUCAUUUUGUAAUAAAGCAACUUAAAUAAGA